AUGGAAUUAGAUAAGAUAUUGGUUAGGGAUAUUGGUAGACUAUAUGAAGAUUCAGACGAUUGCAAUGUUCAAAUUCAAGUUGGACAUGGGUCAAAUGUUCGUACUUUUAAGGCUCACUCUGUUAUCCUGAGAGCAAGGUCCUCAUAUUUUCGUGCUGCUCUGUCAUCUAAUUGGGCUAGAAAAGAUGAAGAUGAAUAUUUGGGUUUUGGAAGUGAUUUAGAAUGGUUUGCUGGAAUUUGUGAACAAAAUGAUUAUCAACAAAAAAUUUAUAAUGGAGUUGAAUUUAUCAUGGAUGAUUAUGAAGUGUUUCAAGUCGUUAAAUAUUAA